CCUGCUUUAUCUCAAGCUCAGGUUAAAGAAGUUUAAAGACUGAAUGGACGGAUAGUUGCUAAAUCAAUUAGAGCAGAACUCAGAGCUUCCUUUCAUCUUAUUAAUCCCCUUCACCUCUCUUUGUAAAGAAAAAGAAGGGCUUGUCCUCUUCCUUGAAUGUGAAGUCUCUACUUUGAAGAUGCUUGAUUUGCUAAACCCAUACACACCUGAAGUUUCUGAGAUUCCUCUUCCUUUCCCUUGCUUUUCUGUUAAAUUCAUGCUCAGCGAAGCACUUGAACGCUUCUCCUCUCUGAAUUCGUCCAAACCCAGGUUCUGAAAAUUGAUCUUUACCAGAAAGAAUUCUAAAAGAAAUGCCCCCUUUGUUUGUUUUGGCACUGUUGUCCCUUCUGGGCACCUGCUCAUCUUCUUCUCUUCUCAGUGAUGCUAUUGUUCUAGCCUCACUGAAAAAAGGAUUCGAGUUCUCUAGUAUAGCAUUAAGCAGUUGGGACGUCUCGAAUCCAAGCUCGGUCUGUCGAUGGCUUGGAGUCCUGUGUGAGAAGGACAGGGUAGUUGCACUAGAUUUAACAGACUUGAAUCUCUAUGGUUCCAUUUCGCCAUUGAUUUCCAGUCUAGAUCGGCUUGUUAACCUCUCUCUCGCAGGAAACAACUUCACAGGCAAGAUUGAGAUCAGUAAUUUAACUAGUCUCCGGACUCUCAACAUCUCAAACAAUCAGUUCAUUGGCGGCUUAGAUUGGGAUUACUCAAGCUUGGCAAACUUGGAGGUGUUUGAUGCUUACAACAACAAUUUCACUGCUCUUCUCCCACUUGGCAUUCUAAGAUGCAAGAAACUCAAGUACCUAGACCUUGGUGGGAAUUUUUUCCAUGGAGAAAUCCCUGCAAGCUACGGCAAUCUGAUUGGGUUGGAAUACCUAUCACUUUCAGGAAAUGACCUCCAUGGAAAGAUUCCAGGUGAGUUGGGCAAUCUCACAAACAUAAAACAGCUUUACUUGGGCUAUUACAAUAUUUUUGAAGGUGGGAUUCCAGUAGAGCUCGGUAAUUUGAUAAAUCUAGUUCAUUUGGAUCUUUCCAGCUGUGAGCUAGAUGGACAAAUUCCAACCCAAUUAGGAAAUUUAAGGUUUCUCAACACCCUCUUUCUUCAUGCCAAUCUCCUAUCAGGUUCGAUUCCACGUCAGUUGGGCAACCUGACGAAUUUGGUGUUUCUUGAUCUUUCCAACAAUGCACUCACAGGAGAGAUCCCAUUUGAUUUCGCCAACCUGAGAGAGCUGAGUCUUCUGAACCUGUUCAUGAACAGGUUACAUGGGUCUAUCCCCGAUUUCAUUGCGGACUUGCCGAAUUUGGACACACUAGCUCUUUGGAUGAACAAUUUCACUGGUGUGAUUCCUGAGAAACUCGGCCAAAAUGGGAAACUUCAAGUGCUCGAUCUGUCCACCAAUAAGCUCACUGGAACCAUCCCUCGAGGCCUCUGUUCCAGGAAUCAGCUCAGGAUACUGAUACUCCUGAAAAAUUUUCUCUUCGGCCAGAUCCCAGAAGACUUGGGGACAUGUUGGAGCCUCACCAGAGUAAGGUUGGGGCAAAAUUACUUGAAUGGUAGCAUUCCCACUGGCUUCCUAUACUUACCUGAGAUCAAUUUAGCAGAGUUACAGGACAACUAUCUAUCAGGAACUUUAUCAGAGAACACGAACAGUAGCUCCAUGCCAACUAAAUUGGGUCAGUUGAACCUGUCUAACAAUCUUCUUUCAGGGCCUCUACCGUCUUCCAUUUCAAAUUUCUCUUCCCUCCAAAUCCUGUUACUCAGUGGAAACCAAUUCUCAGGUCCAAUCCCAUCAUUUGGGGACGUCUGCCAGGUUCUGAAAGUUGACCUCAGUCAGAACACACUCUCCCACCAAAUCCCACCAGAGAUUGGAAAAUGUUCUCAUCUAACCUAUCUAGACCUCAGUCAGAACAACCUCUCUGGCCCCAUCCCACCUGAAAUUUCCAGUAUUAAUUUCUUGAAUUAUUUGAACCUGUCAAGGAAUCACCUCAAUCACACCAUACCCAAGUCGAUUGGGACCAUGAAGAGCUUAACCGUUGCAGAUUUCUCCUUCAAUGAUUUCUCAGGUAAGGUACCAGAAUUUGGACAGUUUCUGUACUUCAAGUCCUCUGCAUUUGCUGGCAACCCCCGACUCUGUGGCUCUCUCCUCAACAACCCGUGCAAUUAUACUACAAUCAUGAUCAAACCCGGGAAAGCCCCUAGCGAUUUCAAACUCAUCUUUGCUCUUGCGCUUCUGAUAUGCUCCCUGGUGUUUGCCACCGCAGCGAUUAUCAAGGCCAAAUCAUUCAAGAGACGCAGUUCACAUACAUGGAAGAUGACUGCAUUCCAGAAACUGGAAUUCACAGUCUCUGAUGUGCUAGAAUGCAUGAAAGACAGCAAUGUGAUAGGACGGGGAGGAGCUGGGAUUGUAUAUCUGGGUAAGAUGCCAAACGGAGAGGAAAUUGCAGUGAAGAAACUGCUAGGACUGGGCAAUGCCAGCCAUGACCAUGGAUUCAGGGCUGAAAUUCAAACACUAGGCAAUAUUCGACACAGAAACAUAGUGAGAUUGUUAGCUUUCUGUUCGAAUUCAGAGACCAACUUAUUGGUAUACGAAUACAUGAGGAAUGGAAGCUUGGGAGAGGCUCUUCAUGGGAAGAGAGGAGGCUUCUUGGGUUGGAAUGUGAGGUACAAGAUAGCCAUUGAAGCUGCCAAGGGUCUGUGCUAUCUACACCAUGACUGUUCUCCUCUUAUAGUCCAUAGAGAUGUCAAAUCUAACAACAUUCUUUUGAAUUCGAGCUUUGAAGCCCAUGUUGCUGAUUUUGGUUUGGCUAAGUUCUUGGUCGACGGUGGUGCAUCCGAAUGCAUGUCAGCAAUUGCGGGCUCUUACGGCUACAUUGCUCCUGAAUAUGCCUACACCCUCAAGGUUGAUGAAAAGAGUGAUGUCUAUAGCUUUGGAGUUGUCCUUCUCGAGCUCAUCACCGGGCGUCGGCCGGUGGGUGAUUUUGAGGAAGGUGUGGAUAUAGUCCAAUGGGCCAAGAGGUCAACCAAUUGCAGAAAAGAAGAAGUCAUUCGGAUCAUUGAUCCAAGAUUAACAGGAGUUCCAAUCGAUGAAGCGAUGCAUGUCUUCUUCAUUGCCAUGCUAUGCGUUCAGGAGAACAGCGUCGAACGACCAACAAUGAGAGAGGUGGUGCAAAUGCUGUCGGAGUUCUUGCACCAUAUUAUCCAGUAUCAAUCUUCUUCUCCUGUCCCUCUGCAACCAAAUAACCCUGAGAAGGAGAAAGAGUUCUCUAAGAUCCCACCUGAUCUCUUGAUUUAAGAAACUUGAAUUUCAAAGCAUUGAAGAUUAGUUACACUUAUUCUGCCUUCAGAAAGGGCUUGGUUUUAUUAUAGCCUUGCAAAGUUGCAAAAUCCUCAACCUGAAAUUUCUUGAUAAGUCUACCUUUUUUCCUUGUUGAAGUCUAUCUAUUGGAGAUAUGCUGGCCAAAAAGAUGUGGGAAUAAUUGGUUGGUGGUGGGGAAUAGUUCCAACUUGUUAAGGGAGAAUUUCUAUUUCAAGCUGUGGGCCUGCAGACCUAAUGGGUCAUGCAUGAUCUUUGUAUCAUAAUAUAAUAUAUACACAUUUUAUCAAUGGCUUUGUACCUCAUUUCAUUUUC